AUGGAUUUGACCGAUAUGAAAGAACCAACUGACACCUCUCAGGAGGAUUCGCCCGCAAUGGGUGCUAAGCAAAAGGGCGGAGGCGCAAAGCCCAAGGGAAAUACCGCUGAUGAGGUAGAGGAGACUCUGCAGGCUGUGGUCCUUGCCGAUACCUUUGAACCACGAUUUGAGCCGUUCACCCUUGAGAAGCCUCGCUGCCUUCUACCGCUGGCCAACACCCCCAUUAUUGAAUACACCCUCGAAUUCCUAGCCAAUGCCGGUGUGGAAGAGGUCUUCCUCUACGGAGGCGCGCACUCGGAUAUUCUUGAGAAAUACAUCAAUGCCUCGAAAUGGAGAGCGCCAACCUCUCCCUUCAAACAAUUCACAUUCCUCAAGUCAACUUCUGCCUCCGUUGGUGAUGUCAUGCGUGAUCUGGAUGGAAAGCAUCUUAUCACCGGUGACUUCAUUGUCGUCAGCGGUGAUGUGAUCAGUAACAUGCCCAUUGAGGGCGCAUUGAACAAGCACCGAGCUCGCCGUGCCAAAGACAAGAACGCCAUCAUGACCAUGGUUCUACGGGAAGCUGGUCGCAACCACCGCACUAAGGCAUCCGACGUGACCCCGGUCUUCGUUAUCGAUCCCACCAAGGACCGCUGUGUCCACUACGAGGAGAUUGACCAUAAAGCGCAUCAACACCCUGCUCGUCUCCAUAUUGACGCCGAGAUCAUUCUGGGCCACGAAGAGCUUGAUCUCCGUGCUGAUCUGAUCGACUGCAGCAUCGAUAUUUGCACCCCCGAUGUGCUGAGCUUGUGGUCUGACAGUUUCGAUUACCAGUCUCCUCGCAAGCACUAUCUGUUCGGUGUUCUCAAGGACUACGAGUUGAACGGAAAGACAAUCCACACCCACAUUAUCAACGACCACUAUGCCGCGCGGGUACGGAACUUGAAGGCGUACGAUGCUGUCAGCAAGGAUAUCAUUUCUCGUUGGACAUACCCGCUGUGUCCCGACACCAACCUGCUGCCGGGUCACAACUACGAUCUUCGCAAGGGCAGCCAGUACCAAGAGAAGGGUGUCACAUUGGCACGGUCUUGCGUGAUCGGUCGCCGCACAGUCAUCGGCAAGGGCACUAGUAUCGGCGACAAGACAACAGUUUCCAACACUGUGCUCGGACGGAACUGCAAGAUUGGCCGCAACGUCAAACUCGAAGGCGCGUACAUCUGGGAUAACGUUACGAUUGGCGACAACACGAACAUCCAGGGAGCUAGUAUCAUCGCCGAUAACGUCGUCAUUGGUAAAAACUGCGUUAUCGAAGCAGGUGCCCUGUUGUCAUUCGGCGUCAAGAUUGCCGAUGGUGUCAAGGUUGAGAGCGGAAAGCGUAUUACCACAUCCCGACGCAACGGCAGCAAAGCGAUCACGGACGCCAUCGUCGUUGGAGCCGACGGCGAAGGUCGUGAGUUCAUCCAAGGCGAAGACGAUGAUGAAGACGAAGACGAAGAUGCCGUCAGCGUCGCCUCCUCUGGACUCGUAUACCGCAUGCCAGGCCUCUCCAUCUCCACCGCAUCUAUCUCCACCCUUUCAUCUAAGAUCUCCGAGGGCGAAUGGCCCGGCUCCCGACGAAGCAGUUUCUCCGAUGGCGAAGAACAGGACAACUUCCACCAUGACGCCUCCGCCAGCAUCUUCGAGAGUAUCCGCGAAGGCGUCACUGCCGAUGUCGUGCAACUUGAACUUGUCAGUCUCCGCAUGACAGCUAACGCCUCAGACAACCAAGUCCGACGUGCCAUCGUCUCCUCAUUCAUGAAGCACGUCCAGCAAGUCAUGGAUAACGGGAAAAAUGCCAGUGAGGUUGUCAACGAGCUUUUCACCACUUACCGUGAAGUUGUGGAACGAACACUGUUUGAUCGGAACAAGAACGAGAAGAAGGAUCAAGUUGAUAUGCUGCUUCAGUUACAACAGGAUCUGGUGCACCGAAACAAGGGUGCGAAUAUCCUUCUUUUCUGCGCUAAGGUGCUCUACGAUCUUGAACUUGUGGACGAGGAAGCUUAUUCCCAGUGGUGGAGUGAUGAGCGAUCUAGCGAGACCGAGGAAAUGCGGAAUGUCCGCAGCCAGGCACAGCAGUUUGUGAACUGGCUGGCCGAAGCCGAGGAGGAAAGCAGCGAGGAAGAGGACUCGGAGGAGGAGGACUCGGAGGAGGAGAGUGAUGACGAAAGAGUCUCUAUUAAAGCCCGCCAUUCCCCCUCUAAACCCCGCCGGCAAUCUGCCGCCCCCUUUUUCAUCACGCCUCCCUCAACACGAAAGAGAAAGGCGGCUGAGGCGGCGAUUGCGGACGACAACCAACCUCUCCCCAAAUCCGCCACCAAGGCUGCCAACAACCGGGACGCCACUGCUUCCGAUCGGCCUGGCACCGGAACUUCCAACACCGACAAGAACCACUCCCUCAUCCCUAUCACCUCAGAGUCCCCUGAGCCUGACAAGUCGGGGACAGGCCCGGUUUGUCAGAAGAAAAGGGAGAUCGCGACCCCCGCGACAACUACGGGCAGCAUGGAUUCCGACGAUGAUUUUAUGAGCGACGUCUCCUCCGGAGGUGAUUUUCUUGAUACACAAGGCAGCGAUGAUGAAAGUUUGGGUGAAGUCGACUUCGGCGAUCUUGACACCGGAUUCUCAGACGACAAAGAUCUCAUCAAGCAGAAACGAAAACCAUAUGAAGUUGAGUAUCAAGUUUUAGAUACCUCCGACAUCGAACGCGAACAACUGGUGCAGAUUAAGGAGGUUUCCGCUAUUCUCGGCUUGCCACCGGAGUCGGCCGCUAUCCUUUUGCGAUUUGGACGAUGGAAGCAAGAGAAAUUAAUCGAAGGGUACAUGGAGCACCCGGAGGAGACAUUAGAGGAAGCUGGACUGGGGACGAACUUUGAGGGCACUGCGAAGACGGAGGUUGUGCCCGACUUCAUGUGCGAUAUUUGUUGCGAGGAUGGGCCGGACCUUGAGACAUACGCGAUGCGAUGCGGACACAGGUAUUGCGUCGACUGCUACAGACACUACUUGGGUGGUAAGAUUAAGGAGGAGGGCGAGGCGGCUCGGAUCGAAUGUCCUGGGGAAACCUGUCACCGAAUCGUGGACUCGAAGUCACUCAACCUGCUCGUGACGGACGAUCUUAAGGGCCGCUACCGAACACUUUUAACACGAACUUACGUGGAUAAUAAGGAAAACUUACGAUGGUGUCCUGCUCCCAACUGUGAAUAUGCGGUUGACUGCCCCGUCAAAGCUCGAGAUCUCCGCCGUAUCGUGCCGACGGUGCGAUGUGCCUGCAAACAUGAGUUCUGUUUUGGUUGCUCUGUCACCGACCAUCAACCUACUCCCUGUGCGCUAGUCAAGAUGUGGUUACAGAAGUGUGAGGACGACUCGGAAACGGCCAACUGGAUUUCUGCCAACACCAAGGAGUGCCCCAAGUGUGGGUCAACAAUUGAGAAGAACGGCGGCUGCAACCACAUGACCUGCCGUAAAUGCAAGCAUGAGUUCUGCUGGAUGUGUAUGGGACUCUGGUCCGAACAUGGCACCAGCUGGUACAACUGCAGUCGCUACGAGGAGAAGUCCGGUUCAGAAGCCCGGGGUGCUCAAGCCAAAUCACGGCAAUCCUUAGAGCGGUACCUGCACUAUUACAACCGAUACGCGAACCACGAGCAGUCCGCCAAAUUGGACAAGGAUUUAUAUCUUAAGACCGAGAAGAAGAUGACCAGCUUGCAGUCACAGUCCGGUCUAUCUUGGAUCGAAGUCCAGUUCCUCGACACAGCCUCUCAGGCACUACAACAGUGCCGUCAAACCUUGAAGUGGACGUAUGCAUUUGCCUUUUACCUUGCCAAGAACAACCUCUCCGAGAUCUUCGAGGACAACCAAAAGGACUUGGAAAUGGCGGUUGAGAGCCUCAGCGAAAUGUUCGAGAAGCCUGUUUCUGAGCUAAGUGGAUUGAAGGUUGACAUUCUGGACAAAACGGCCUACUGCAACAAGCGUCGGGUAAUUCUAUUAAGUGACACUGCUGAAAAUUUGAAGAAUGGCGUAUGGUCAUUCAACCUUGAAUGGUAA